AUGGUUCGCAACCCAAUUUCGUAGUUCUGAAAGCUUGAAGCUGAAACGUAGCGCUGCGGCACGUAGCGAAGCGAUCAGUCGCUCGGGCUCUUUCAGCGGAGUAGGUUGGCCGUACUAAAAGCACGCGCGCCUCCGCUUUUCUAGCAACUUUCCGACACUAACUUUAAACAAAAGUGAAGUGAACAUUUCGAUUGCGUUACAUAUUUUUGUAUGUGUUUAAUGUUUACAUUCAGUUCCUGCUAAAUCAACUUCUUAAUCGAGCGAUUUCAUCCAGUCUUCACGACUGGGUCAUGCCAGCAAGCCUUCACCUACACCGUUAAAACAUCGGUCAAGAUUCCCAAGUCUCGCCAGAAAGCGCCGAGAUGCAACCGAAAACGAAGAGAUAAGAAAUAUAAGAAGGACGAGAGCCCGACGAUGUUCUCAUUGUCGGAGGGGUGCGGGUGCGUGAGCUUCCGCGGGGGGAGGAGGAACCGGUCCUUAGGGGACGACUCUUCCUCCUGCCGCAGCUCCGAGAUUGAACAAGAAGUCCCUAAGAAGUUGGGACGGAGGCUCCUCGACGGACAAUGCAACGUGAGAGCUCUUGUGCCUUUCUUGAAGUUCUGGAAGAGGGAUGACGUCAGUAUGACGAAGGCUGAAAGAACUAUGAAAGCGGCCAUUUUAAUACAGCAGUGGUACCGGCGGUACCUGGCGCGGAUGGAAGUACGGAGACGCUACACAUGGACCAUAUUUCAGAGCAUCGAGUACGCGGGAGAACAAGAUCAAGUCAAACUGUACAACUUCUUCAACGCGCUACUGAGCCACAUGAGAGACAGCAGCGGCCGGGUGUCAUCGGAGCGCACGUCACGAACCGCUUCUGUAUUGGAGCAAGUAUUCUCGGAGGAGUCCGACGAAGGCGGGGGCGUGGACGAGACGGCGCCGCCGAAGCCGUCGCGCGGGCCCGACAUCGAGUUCCCUCUGCAGCGGAAGGAUAUCGACCUACUGAUUGAGGCCUUUAGGAAAAAAAAGAAUCGAUUUGAAAUAUACUCGACAUUCCAGCACCGUCUACAUGCGAAGCACGUGGCCCAGAUUCUGAAAGAGGCCACCCAACUACUGAAAAGACUCCCGAACAUUAACGUGGCCACCACCUCCAUCUCAAGCCAGAUUACUGUCUGCGGUGACCUGCACGGGAAACUCGAUGACUUGCUCGUCAUAUUUCACAAGAAUGGAUUGCCGUCGCCGGAGAAUCCUUACAUAUUCAACGGGGACUUUGUAGACCGAGGCAAGAAGGGCUUGGAGGUGUUCCUGUUGCUGCUGGCCUGCAUGCUCGCGUUUCCUGGAGGGGUGUACCUCAACCGCGGCAACCAUGAAGACUUGAUUAUGAACCAAAGGUAUGGUUUCAUAAAAGAGGUGCAACAGAAAUAUCGGCACAACGCUGAGCGCCUACUGAAGCUGAUCGAGGGUGUGUACCGCUGGCUGCCGCUUGGCACCAUCAUCAACAACCGCGUGUUCGUGGUGCAUGGCGGCAUUUCCGACACCACUGACCUGGACAUGAUCCGCAGCUUGGAGAGGGAUAAAUACGUGUCACUGCUGCGGCCACCGGUCACGGAGAACUGCGCACCAGGCUCCGAGGUCAUUGACAAGGUGGAGUGGAAACAGGUAUUCGACAUCCUCUGGUCAGACCCGCAGGCCGUGGGCGGCUGCGUGGCGAACACUCUGCGCGGCGCGGGCACGUACUUCGGCCCCGACGUCACCACCUCGUUCCUGCAGCGGAACAAACUCAGCUUCCUGAUACGCAGCCACGAGUGCAAGCCGGGCGGGUACGAGAUACUGCAUAACGGAAACGUCAUCACAAUUUUCUCCGCAUCCAACUACUACGAGUUGGGCUCCAACAAGGGUGCAUAUUUGAAGCUAUGCGGUAACUCGCUGGAGCGGCAGUUCGUCCAGUACACGGCGGCAGUGUCUCGCACGAGACGGCUCACGUUCCGGCAACGCGUCGGCCUCGUCGAGUCCUCGGCGAUGCGCGAGCUGCACAACCUCAUCAUGUCGGCGCGGAGGCCGCUCGAGGCCUAUUUCCGCAGUAUGGACGUGGAGCAAAGCGGAUACAUACCCAUCAGCGACUGGUGCGCGGCCAUGGAAGAGACCACGCACCUCGGGCUGCCGUGGCGCAUGCUCAAGGACAAACUCGUGCGCACGGACCCCGACACGCGUAGGGUCCGCUACAUGGAUACCUUUGAGCUCACUGCUAAUAAACUGGCACGUAAAGCAGACACGCAGACUGUCGUGGACACUCUUUACAAAAACAAGACUAGUUUAGAAGCUAUUUUUAAAAUCUUAGACAAGGAUAACUCAGGCUACAUAACUCUUGAGGAGUUCUCGGAAGCGUGUCAGCUCCUUGGUAAAUACAUGCCUAACCCGAUGACGCAAGAGCAGCUGGUGGACAUCUGCCGCCUGAUGGACAUUAACAAAGAUGGGCUCGUCGACCUUAACGAGUUCCUUGAAAGCUUCCGGCUCGCGGAGAAGAGCCUCGAGGGCGACGACGAGGAGGACACUUGACAACAGCCCGACCGCCGCCCCUGCCGGACGGCGGUCGAUCGCGACGAAACCGGCGUCACCGUUGAGGUACUCAAACUCGACGAAGACACUAAAAUCAACAAGAAACCUAACAAAAAUGGACUGGCCCAUCCCUUGGGCGAGAACGUUCCCAGCGUGUCCCAACAGAUCGAAGAGAUAGAGUUAAUAGAUUGUGACGAGACGCCGCGCCGCCGCCGGCCUGGCCUGCUCGAAAGCGACAUGUAACGCCGCUGUAUCAAACUCAGACCCUUUAACGGAAGCAUUUACAUGCGAUUUAAACAUCUUUCCCUGCUAAAAGCAAGUGGAAGUGGCAAGCUUUAUAAAGCGGUGAUAAACUCCACUGUGCCGCACGUUUGUGGAUAUAUUCUCUAUUUUGAUAUUAAUGUCGGUUGUAUGCAUUUCUGUUGCAAAGUUUUGCUUAGUUGUUUAUAAGAUGAGAAGAUUUUAUAUACGAGUGCGCUGUUAAAUUAAAUUGAAGCUUUAUCCGUGAUAAACUUUUGUAAAUCUAUUUCUACUCGUCUAAGUUCAUUGUAAGCAUGACAACGUUUAUGGUCAGUAUAUUUUCGUCUAUUUACGUAGCACUUGGCUAUGGUUAUCUGAAAGGAUCUUUAUGUCGUCGAUGACCGCUGGCGUGUUGGAUCUUUGUCGUAAACGAAUUAUUAGUAAUUUCGAUCAAUACUAUUACCUUAAAUACUAGUGUUAAAAUAUCAAUCUGAUACACUAAACCUACCGUGAAACAGUCCAUAUAUUUAUAUACUUAGUCUGAAUUUGCCCAUUGAGAAAGCAUGCGAAAAUUAUACGUGAUAAAAUGGUCAGUUCGAUUAUAUGUAUUACUUAUGUAGUUCGUGGUUUGAGUUCCUACUAUUUACUAAUGAUUCAUACAGUCCCCUACUACUAUUCUCUCGGCGUGACCUCCAGCGAAAAGUGGACGGUUUCACGUUACGUACGUCCUAUUUCCUAAAUUGUUCUUCCUUAAUGUAAAAAAAUAAUAAAAUUCAAUUCUAAAGUUUGUGCUUUCAAAAUUUCACUAUUAGUAUAAAAAAUCGUAAGACAUUAGACCAGUAAUUUAAUAUAACGAAAAUUAACUAACUUAAUCUAUAAAUAACUUUCUGGUUUUAACAUUUUCUUUCAUGAAUCGGUGCCAAUUAUUGAGCAAAUUAGGUAUAUUGUAUUCGUAUGUUCAGUAUCAAAAACAAACUAAUAAUUGAUAAAUUUAAAACUAACGAAUGGGAACAAUGUCAUUAAAUCCUUUACUCAAUUUUAACGAUACUUUGUAUUUGUAUUUUUAUAGGACCUACUGUAAUAAUAAUAAUUUGUAUUUAUUCACGAAAACUGCACUGGAAAUAUUUUUCCAAUUUUAACUAUGUAUCUACAUAUUAGCCAAUAUAAACCGGUGCAGUUCCAAUGGUGUUGUAGAAAAAAUAUUUACCUAGAUAUACUUGAAAUAAAUAAAAAAUUAUAAACGAUUUUAAUAUAAGGUAUAUGCCUAUUUAUGAAAAUAAACAUUUUUGGCGUGUCUAGUAAGAGUACAUAGUACAUUUUCAUAUACAUAUCUCUAUAUUCAAUUAUUAAGCAUUCCAAUGCAGUAGGGUAUCAGGCAUACGCGUCGCAAUUUUUAGCCUAUUUUAGCCAAAGGCAACCUAUGCAUUUCGAAGACUUUUCUCUGUAGCCUGAAUUGUUGUACCUAUUUGUGUACUUUCACUAUUAUCAAAGAGAAUAAAGUGUAUAGAGGCGGAUUGUCAAAGUAAAGUAUGUAGCCAAUGGAAAUUUAAUGCCAUCUUUCGACAGAAGAUUAAAACUGUUAGAACGCCAUUUGACUUUGAUCCUUAUUCUUUCACUGAUAUGUGUUAAUCUGUUAAAUAUUGAAAUGUUGGGUAAAGGUAAUGGAGCCAUCGCUCGAAAAGAUUGCACCAUACCUUUGGCCUACUUUUGAGUAGAUGGCGUUAAUUUCUAUAUUUAACAGUGAAAGAAUAAUGAUCAAGGUCAAAUGGCGUUCUAACAGGUUUAAUCUUCUGUCGAAAGAUGGCAGUAAAUGUACUGUAGCUACAUAAUUUACCAUGACAGUAACUCUCUAUUUCAAAUUCAAUUUGCUAUUAUUGUCUUUAAAAACUCUUUAUUAUCUCUAUUCUAAUGUAAGUAGAUAAUCGUACAAUAACUGUAACCCACUACUUGUACUAUUUUAAGUCAUUCUUCUUCAACGAUUAUUCUUGCAUUACUUACGGGAUUGUAGCCAAUAUGCCGAUUUCUUCGUAAUUGUCCAUUAAAAUGUGAUAUUGCUCAUGAAAAUUUUA